AUUCAACCUGUAGAGAGAAUUGAAAAUAUUCAAUAUAAAAUAUAAAUAUUCCUAUUCAAUACUCUCUGACUAUGAAUACAUCAAUAAACUCUUGUUUGAAGUGCAUGAGUAUUGUUUCUAUAGUUUUUUUAAGACAAUUCAUCAAAGAUGAUAAUAGUCUAGGCUGACGUCAGGCUGCUAGGUCAGCAAUUCUUGUCCACACACUUGUGAUGCUCUUUUUUUUAGUUAGUAAGAAUCUCAUUGAAAUCGUCACACAUCUUUGAAACUAGAACCAGAAAAACAAAGCUCUAUUACAUUAGAAACUAAAUAAUCCAUAGAAAGCUCAAAUUCGAUGAUAGAAGAAAAAAUCAAGAUGAUCCAAUCUCAGCACAGUGAGUAGAGUAUCAUGGAAUUUUGAAAAAUUCAAAUAUCUUAAAUUUUAUCAUUUUUGGAUCUUUCUACUGGAUAUAGAGAUCAAAGCGCUCAGUUCCUAGAAAAAUACCGGCGUCAACUCCUUUGACGGUCCGAGCGGCGAGCUCCUGCCACUCGGACUAUCAAAGGAAGCCGACUUGUUUGAUCGUAGGCUUGUUAUAAUUUUAUAAUUGUUUCUAUGAACUAAUUAUUUGGUCCAGGCUGUGGUUGGUCCGGUAGUCGCCUUUGUGCGAUCAUUAUUUCGUUUUCAACUAUGAGAAUUGUUAGCUAUUCCAAGUAGCACAAUUCUCAGAAAUUUUAUAAAUCUGGAUGGCAAGCAUUUCUUGACUGGUUGGAAAUCGUUGAAAGCAUUUUAGUUCAGUACUAACAGUCGGUAUGGAAACAUUAUUGGAGUCACAUCGACGCAGUCAUGUACCAGAACAGCUUGUGAUUAAGGAACUGAGGAAAUCGCUACAUCUCUAGAAAAAUAUUUUCAACACUUCACAAUGGCUCAACGAUCCAACCAAAGUCUGAUUUCUGCCUUCUUUGGUCAGGCUGCGAAGAAACGCAGAACCGAUCAGGAAGAGAGGAUUGCUGUAGAUGCUACCGAGCCCGCUACUGAUUCUCCAUCGUUUGCAGAUGAUACAGUCGAACCUCAUCAGGCAAGUGAUGACAAAACUUUAGAGAAUAUUGCUCAGUGCUCAUCGGCAUCAGCAACUAGUAAUCCAGAUGCUGAACUCCACCACUUGCAGCACGACUCUUACACCACAUCAUCUACGGAAUCAAUGAGGUCAGAUGCAUGCCCUAAUUCCUCAUUAAAUGACAUUGGACAUUAUAUUGGUAAAACCAUCGAUGAACAUACUAAAAUGAAAUUAUUGGAGCAACCGUGGGUCCCACCAGAAAAUUACUCUUUUCCUCACUCAAAACGAUCUGUAUCAGGAAAAUCAAUAAAAAAUUUUCUUAGGCCAAGUCAUUUACAGGCACAUAAGGAUUGGCUCGUACUUUCCGAUGUAAAACAAGGGCUGUUCUGUAAAUACUGUCCGUGGUUCACUAAUCGUAAUGAGGGGGGCUACUGCAAGAAUGUUGCUCUAAAAACUCUUGUAACCGAACCUUUGAGAAAUUUCAAAAAAUUAACAGGAUCUGAUGGACACUUGGAAGUCCACUGCAAUACCCAAUAUCAUAAAGAUGCCGUGACAGCAGGGAAAAACUUUCUAAGAGUAUACCACUGCCCGAAAAUGGAAGUAAAUAACCUCAUCAAUGAAGAACGGCUCUCUCAAUCCCAGAAAAAUCGUCAGAAACUUCUUUCUAUAGUUAAAACUGUCAUUUUGCUUGGUAGGCAGAAUAUUCCUAUGAGGGGGCACAGAGACGAUGGGCCACUCAAUUUAGAGAUGAGUGAUACAGUCUCUAAUGAGGGUAACUUUAAAGCUUUGAUUAAAUUUAGAAUAAUUGAUGCUGGGGAUAAAGUUUUGGAGGAUCACAUCAAUACAUCAUCAUCAAGAUCCACUUACAUCAGCAAAUCUACUCAGAAUAAUAUCAUAGAGUGCUGCAAAGCAGAAAUUACUGAUGUUAUUCUGAGUAGAAUUGCGAAAGCUGAGCUUUAUUCGAUUAUGUUUGAUGAAACCAGUGAUAUUUCACAGAGAGCACAGGUGAGUAUUGUACUGCGUUAUGUGCACUUUGAAAAGGAGUUUGAAAUAAGAGAGGACUUCAUCACAUUUAUUGAUGCAUUUGAAGACAUGAAAGAAGCUGAUGAAGAUAAUCUGGGCGACGAAAGAAGUAAUAGUGAGGUCGAAAUGAGAAGGCAUUAG